CUUACAGACAACCAAUAAUCAAAAAGAAGAAGAAGAAGAAGCAGGAGGACGUGCUGCAGACUCAGAGCAGCGAAGAGAGUAUAAGCACUUUUCUGAGCCAAGCUCACAUUAUCGAGAAUAAAACAAAAACUAAAUGGAUCUUACCGAACAGAUCAACCAGUUGGAGGCAGACUUGCAGGAGCUGGGAUCACUCUUGGAAAAGUCAGAGAGGAAGAGAGUGCACGAGCUGCUAAAACAGGAGCAGAAGAAGGUGGAGAAGGAGCUCGCAGUCAAACGUCAACAGAAGGAACAACAGGCCAAGAGACAAGCUGACCCAUCUGCGGCCUCUAAAGCAGCGUACACAGUCAAGAUCACCAACUAUGCUUGGGACCAGUCAGAGAAAUUUGUCAAAAUUUACCUUACACUGAAGGAUGUGCACAAAAUUCCAUCAGAAAAUGUGGAGGUCAGCUUUACAGAAAGGUCAUUUUCUGUUCUGGUAAAAGAUCUAGACGGGAAAAACCACCAGAUGACAGUUCUUAAUCUGUUAAAUCCAAUCGAUGAGAAGGACAGCUACAAAAAGAUAAAAACAGACGUGGUCCUGGUCAUGUGCAAGAAGCAGGCAACAAAGAAGUGGGAGUGCCUAACAAAGGUGGAAAAGCAGUCUAAAGAGAAAGAUAAACCCAACAUGGAUGAGAACGCAGACCCCAGCGAGGGCCUGAUGAGCAUGCUGAAGAAGAUCUACGCAGAGGGAGAUGAUGAGAUGAAGAGAACCAUUAACAAAGCUUGGUCAGAGUCCCAAGAGAAGAAGAUACGAGGAGAAGACAUGAUGGACUUGUAAACUGCACUCAGUGCUUUUCCACAGCAAGACCAAGUGAGAUCUUCCAGGGCUGCGGUGGACAUGACUUGAAUAUUAAAUAUUACGGGUUAAAACAAAAUCCUAAUAUGAAUUACAUUCCCACAAAAUCUAGAAUUGAUCAAAUUGAGAUACACUGCUCAUAAAUAAGGUGGCAGGAGUAAUGUUUAAGCCCUGGAUGGCCUCAUUUUGGCCCUGCUUUGAAAACCAGGCUGCUGAUGUUCUGUUAGUCAUUGAUCAUAAUGCAUAAAGCUGUCAAUAAAUCAUGUAAACAUAAUGGUGCUGUUCACCAGCAACCUAAACAACACAGCAAGAAAUCGUACUGACCAUGAUUUUUUUUGGUAUAGUUAGUUUUAAAGGAUUAAAGGACCACAAUGCAGUUGUUUUUUCACGAUAAAUAUCCGUCAGUAGGACAUGGUUUGCACCAGAUGUUGGUCAUUGAAAACUGUUUAUGUUCCGUAAAAUCACGUGUUAACUUGAUCCUGUGCAGAAUUCAGUGCAGCUAAACUGAACUGAUAUUUAAAAUGUUUUCAAGUGUCUGACAUUUGCCAAAGUCACGCUCAUAUUCCUUCAGUGAAGACAACCAGAGGGCUCUUCAGACUGUUUUAGUCUUUACAUCUGCCUUUGAUAUUUUUUGUCAUUCCUUAAAUAGAUCAGAUGAGAUAGCUUCACAGUGAUGGACAGCUUUCUACUAUCAUUUCUACUGACGGUUUAGCUGCUCACAUUGUGAGUUUCCCUCCAAUAUUUGUGAAUAAUGUGAAAAAAAGACAUUUUAAUUAUGAAGAAUAAUAAUUAUUAAUAAUGUUUUACUUUGGCUUUUCUUAUGGUCUUACAUGUAUUGUUGUCUGCCCUCAGGUUGUUCAUGCAGUUGAAACAAAUAUAACUUUUGAACUGA